AUGACAGUUGAAAUUCCAAAGCAAGAUACUUCACUUCAAUUAGAAAUAUGCGAGUUGCAAACAGAUCCAAUUUUAUGUACAAAAGAGAUUGAUAUAUUAUUUUGGAUAACAUUACCAGUUGAAAGAUAUCCAUUUAUGCUAGAUUUCGCACUAAAAAUGGUAUGCAUAUUUGGAACUAAGUAUUUACAUAUGAAAAUGUACAUUAUCCAACAUAAGCCAAAUAAAAUGUAA